GUACCUCUGAGUAAGCGGUGGGGGCGUGUCUCCAGGCCGCCCCGCGUGUAGUUCCCGGAGAAACGCGGGAAGUGGGAUCCAGGUACCGUUACCUCCACUGCCGAGGCUGCUGCAUUCGCGCAGCGAGCCGCGAGCCUGGCCGAGGCCCAGAACGUGAGACUCUGUCUCGACGCCAUGGAAGUAGUGGAGGCCGCCGCUGCUCAGCUGGAGACUCUGAAAUUCAAUGUCACCGGCUUUGGGGUUGGCCAAGGUCAGGCGGUGCAGUCACCGGGCUCCGUUCCUGUCCCAGAGCCACCGCCGCCACUACAGUCGGAGGAGGGGACUCCAGACGCUGGGCAGGCCGCGGAGACUCCGCUAGCCAAGGAGCAGCCGCCUGAACUCGUGCUCGGCACCGCGAUCGGCGAGAGCUCCGCGCCGCAGUCGGGGCCAGAACCGCCACCUGGAGGGAACUGCGUCACCGGCACGGGCGCUUCACAGCUGGCGCAGUCCCCAGGCUUCUUGGAGAUCUCGGACUCGGAUUCAGAAUCGGACAGUGAAACAGAUUCAGACAGUUCAAGCUCCUCAUCUUCCUCAUCAUCUUCCUCAUCUUCCUCUUCCUCUCCUAUAUCACUUGCUCCAGUGCUGUCAGAUGGAGAAGACGAUUUACAAGUUGAGAAGGAAAACAAGAAUUUUCCUCUUAAAACAAAAGAUGAGUUACUUCUUAAUGAACUACCUUCAGUUGAAGAACUCACUAUUAUUCUUCCUGAAGAUACUGAAUUAAAGCCUUUUGGGAUGGUUUCAAGUAUUAUUGAACAAUUAGUAAUAAUUGAAUCUAUGACUAACCUACCUCCAGUUAAUGAGGAGACUGUCAUUUUUAAAAGCGAUCGACAGGCUGCAGGAAAGAUAUUUGAGAUAUUUGGACCUGUUGCACAUCCGUUUUAUGUGUUACGGUUUAAUUCUUCAGAACACAUUGAGAGUAAAGGUAUUAAAAUAAAGGACACUAUGUAUUUUGCUCCAUCAAUGAAAGACUUCACCCAAUAUAUAUUUACAGAAAAACUUAAACAGGAUAGGGGAUCGGAUGCAUCAUGGAAGAAUGAUCAGGAACCACCAAUGGAUGCCUUAGAUUUCAGUGAUGAUGAAAAGGAAAAAGAAGCCAAACAGAAAAAGAAGUCUCAGAUUCCAGGCCGGAAAAAAUUCAAAUCUGAAUUUAAUGAAUCAGGUGAAGAUUUUGCAGAAGUACAUCAGAAUUGGAAUGCUCAUAGCUGUGCUUCAGAGCAUGCAAAAGGGUAUCGCAACAGAGAAUCUACACGAGGAUUUUCCCGGGGUAGACAUCCCCGACCUGCCCAUGGCAGGCCCCCGCCUCCACAGUUUUAUAACCCGGAGCACACGGCAUCUCUGGAGACUCCAGGAUUUCCACCUCAGAGACAAGAGAGUCUCCUGAUGCCACGGUACCCCUUUCCUCCUCCAGGGUUUGACAUGCAUCAUUUUUCACUCCCUCCUCCACUCCCACCGCCGCCACCACCACCACCUCCACCACCUGCCUCUGUAAACAUGGGUUGGGCUGUGCCUAACAUGGCUCCUCCCCCGUUCCUUCCCAUUCCAUACCCCAUACCCCCACCUCCGCCCCCACCUCCCUUGCCUCCGCCCUCCUCUUCUGGAGAUAGUAAUUCUUCUCAUUUUGGAUCGUACUAUUAGGUGAAUGUAUGUGUUUCCAGAGAAAUGUGGACUUUUUAUGUUAUAUGGGAAAAUUUGUUUUUUGUUUUCUUUUUUAAAUAUGGGAAGGUUUUUUGUUUGUUUGUUUUUUUAAAGAAAAUGAUUAUGGAGCUAGAUUUUUAAAACACUGUAAAAUACUAAGUUCUUCCUUUUGUUGUAAGUUGAUAUAUAUUAGUAACCUUUAUGAAAUUGUAUCCAUAUGAAAUUGUAUCAGUUUAAAUUUAGAGAGAAUCUAAUUAUGCAAUAUUUAGUUAAAACUUUAAAUCUAUGUUUUCCCCAUCCUUGUCCAAUUAAACAAUAUAUUUAGAUUUAUUAAUAGAUCUGGAACAACUUUCAUCAUGGAUCAAAAUAUACUGAACGUACUGAUUAUCUUCUUAGUAUAUCUGAAAAUAAGAUGUUGGAGU